AUGUGCCACUUUCAGGUCUCCUCACACUGCUGGUGGGUUCCAUUUUGUCAUAGGGUGCUGGCAGAUUACGGGCCUCCCAUUGCUGCUGCCAGGCCCGUAAUCUGCCAUGGGCCCCUGUACCGCCUCCUCAUGCUGCUGCCAGGUCCAGAGUGUCUCAUGGGUCCCUGUACGGCCUCCCAUUGCUGCUGUCUCCAUCGCCACACUGUGCCAUGUGCCACUUUCAGGUCUCCUCACACUGCUGGUGGGUUCCAUUUUGUCAUAGGGUGCUGUAUGGCCUCCCAUUGCUGCUGCCUCCACCGCCACACUGUGGCUCCACACUCUGGUUUUGGCCCCGUGACUGCCCAAAUGAGUGAAGUGUGCGGUGAUUCUAAGAUCGACGGCACUCAUCUGCAUGUCAUACUG